UGAUCAUCACGGAGCACCGGAAACCAGCAGUAACAAGACAACAUCGCAUCAUCGGACCAUCCUAUUCUGAAUUUGUGUCGGGUUAAUACAUAUUAGAAGAGACCACCGCAACACUGUACAUUACAUCUGUGACGGGUUAACAAUCUUUAUUAGAGAUCAUCGCGUAAUUGCACCAUCUAAUGAUAAAUUAGUGACGAGUUAAGAUAUUGGGAGGAUAGUGAAAAUGUAGUGCGCCUGAUUUGUGUUGGAGGCGGUUUUUAUAGUGUGCUAGUGGUAUCACUGCAAUGUGAUACCACCAUUAAACGGUCACCACGGAAAACGUCAAGAAAGAUACAAAGCGACCGAAAAGGAGACGCAUCUCCGAUAUGAGGGUUGACUUGCGGGGUCUGAAGUGCGUAUCGGCGCUCCGUAAAGCUGCGAUGUACGAAAGCAGUUGUUCCUACGCCGGCGCUCUAGAAUUGAAGCGAAGUGCCCUCAAAGAGGAACCCUGGCCCACAACAGAAUGGUCUCCUUACCGCUUACAUCAAUCCACUUUCGAGCAGCUAAAGCAGAGUGUAGAAAAAGCAAAAGCAGCCUUACAGGACAGAUCGGGUCUUCUUGGUACAGCGACGGCUUUCGGUGAUUUCUAUGGAGGACAGUUGGCACAAGAUGGGACGGGGGCUACUUUGGGGUUUGGAAGGACAAGGACGGACGAGUCAAUGCUAGGCACUAUUGAUAAAAAUAAAACAUUAGGCACAGAGAAAUUGUCGGGAGGUCUCGGGAAAGGGUAUUCCACGCCAACAUUGUCUGAUACAUUGCGGGCUACAAAAUGUACAGAUGCGUCCUACAAAAGUACUUGGUCUUCACACGCGACGUCACAGGGUUCACAAGGCUAUGGCACCAAUUCGUUAUCUGCUAUGUCGAAAUCGACACUCGAUGCACACACGCAUCUUCGUCAACCAGAUCCAUAUCAGAUGUUCGGUCCUACAAGCAGUCGCCUGGCAAAUUCAGGAUCAGGCCAGAUUCAACUGUGGCAGUUCCUACUCGAGCUCCUGAGUGAUUCCAGUAACGCAGGGUGCAUCACUUGGGAGGGCACUAACGGAGAGUUCAAACUGACUGAUCCUGACGAGGUGGCCCGAAGGUGGGGCGAGAGGAAGUCGAAGCCAAACAUGAACUACGACAAGCUAAGCAGGGCUCUGAGAUAUUACUACGACAAAAACAUUAUGACGAAAGUUCACGGGAAAAGAUAUGCGUACAAGUUCGAUUUCCAAGGGCUAGCCGCUGCGACUCAGCCGGCGGCCAGUGACCCCGCAUACAAGUACCAGAGCGAUCUGUUCAUGAGCUCGUACCAUCACUCCGCGAAAUUGUCGUCUUUCAUGGCCCCACACACAGCCAUGCCAACGUCCACAGCGUCAAUAUUCCCAUCAGCUUCGUGGGGCAAUUGGGGGGGUGGGGGCAGCAAUCUAUACUCGCCCCACUCGAUGGCGCCCCCCCACGUGACUUCGCACCUGGGUUCGUACCCGCACUACGCAUGACCUGCCAUCUAAACUGACCACAUGCCCACCACGACUUCGAUUGUACGACAAACACCUAUUAGACAUUUAUUUUGUAUUUUUUAAUUGUAUUGCAAUUUUACUUUGCACUUAUACAACUUUACAGAGUUAUUAUUCAUACAUAAAAUAUUUAAUCGUCAUAGUUAUUAUUAUAAUUCUAUUAUCCUUGUCAUGAUUUGCAAUAUGUGAUCAUUUAAACAGAUCAUAAGUAUUUUUAUUAUUGUAAAGAAAGUCUUUCAUACAUUUUAUAAAGUGCACAUACUCGUAAAUUCUCUCUUUUUACCUAUUUAAUAACAUUCACUCUACUAUUACUAACCUUUAUUAUAGGAAUGUUAUUACUUACCCAAAGUUACAUUCAGUUCGCUUGGGACAAGAAUAAGUUUAUGACAUGUUUAAGAUAUAUUUAUUCUUACCAAUAUACAUAUGUAUUGUGUCCUGAAUUAAACAUACAUAAUUCAGAUGUCUGAAAGACUUAUAGUUACAUAUUUGGUUUUUAGUUUAUACUUUUUGCUUUUAUAAUAGUUUUAAUGGUAUUUAUCGUUUGAAUGGUGUUGCCAACUAUAUUAUUAUUUAAUUUGAUGAGACGAAGAAACGAGAGCGCACGUGAACUGCAAGACUAGUCUUUUAUCAAAGAAUGAUGUAAAUAAUAGAUACUCAUUAAAUAAGUAGAAUUAUUUAUUUAGGAUAUCAAAAUAAUAAAAUUUUAUUGGUCGCAUUAAUUAAAUGUAAAA